GGUUCGUCAUUCCGAUGCAAGUGUCGAGACGAUCACGUUGGUCCCACAUGUAAUAUAUGGCGUUCACCGCUGAUAAAUUGUGACGUAGAUGGUCCGUUCACAUGUUUCAAUGGUGGUGUCUGCAAUACCACCGAGAAUAAAUUCAGAUGUGAAUGUCCACCUAAUUUCACAGGUUUAUUCUGCGAAACGGAUGUCGACGAGUGCUCAUCGUCUCCAUGUCGGAAUGGCGGUACAUGUGUAAACCAGAUUGGAACGUUUUAUUGUAUAUGUCCUCGUGGCUACAAGGGUACAACUUGUGGAGAACGUGCUGAAGUCUGCUCCUCAUUGACUUGUUUGAAUGGUGGCUCCUGUAUAGACAGCGUCGACGGAUAUGUAUGCCAAUGUGCUGUAGGUUUCAGUGGACAGCGCUGUCAGGAAGUGGAGUCCAGAUUUGUUUCGAGGAACAACGCUACCAGAAUCGAUGGCUCUCAUGCGUGCGCCGGCUGUGCUUCCAAAGCGGGUAAUGGUCAAUGUGACAAGGAAUGUGAUCGACUGGAGUGCGGAUAUGACGCUGGUGACUGCAAUAAUAGGGAUAGAAAUCCAUUUAAAGCCUGCAUAUAUGCUGGAUAUUGUGCACGAGUGUUUCGAAACGGUUUGUGCGAUGAGAUUUGUAACAUUGAAAAGUGCCUAUUCGAUGGGUUUGACUGCCUUCCGAAGACGCCUAAAUGUCAGAGCAGCUGUGAAGCCAAAAAGCAUAAUGAUAUUUGUGAUGAGGAAUGCAAUCGAGAAGAAUGUGAAUUUGAUGGCGGAGACUGUGAAGUGACCACAAAAAUCCUGUCUGGUGAACUAUCCAUAGUGGUCUUGGCGAAACCUCAGGCGUUCAUUGCCAAUGUUCUGUUCUUCCUACGUUCUUUGAGUACAUCGCUACGAUCCGAUGUGCGCAUCAAACACGAUGAGUAUGGUCCAAUGGUUUUUGCGUGGAAGGAGGGGGAGACCGGUGAACGGCUGAUUUUUGGAAAGCAGAAACUCAAAGAGGCCAUGAACAUGUCAAUUCAUUCGGCAGUUGCGAAAAGGCCAAAAAGUCGUCACAGUUCUUUUGAAGCCACUCUGUUAUUCGUAGUUUCCUGCGUAUCUGUUAUGAUAUUGAUCGCAAUCCUUUUCGUUGUGCAACAGAGAGGCAGCAGAAAGCGAAAAGUUGUGGAAAAUGCUCCAGUUUGGAUACCCCCAACGGAGUUCGAAAAUCAAAAGGCUGAAAAAUAUGCAAAAGAAAAGAAUCGCCAUCGUAUCAUCACUUUUGAAAGUGCAAAACGAAGACGUUUGGAUCCAGCGGAACUAAAGUUGCUAGAGGAGAAACUGACGCCUAACUUGCCAAGAUAUUCCAGAGUGCACGUGCAGGCGAAGCCGAAACGGCUAGAACCUCAGCCUUCUCAGCUUCAUGUUGAAGCUGCAUCAGCCGGGCCUAUCUCUUCUAUAUCGUCUUCUGAAGAGAUCAACCAGAAAGGUCCAUAUGGUCGUACUCCUCUCAUGGUGUUGGUGAGGAACACCAUGAAAACGGAAGAGCAGAUAGUCGAAGAAUUGACCAAGUUACACACAGCCGGAGCCGAUCUGAAUUUGUGCGAUGAUUCUGACGACACCGCCCUACACAUGGCUGUCUCUUCCGGUCGCGUGGCCGUUGUGCGCAAACUUUUACAACUUGGAGCAUCGCCGGUGAUCCGAGACCGUACGAAUUCUACCUGUCUACAUCUUGCUGCUCGUGCUUGCGCUCCAAGUAUGGUUGCACUUCUUCUGGAAAACGAAGAAAUGCGUGAAGAAGUUGAUGCUCUAGACGAUGAAAACAGGACGGCGCUUAUGCUUGUAGCGAUGUAUGAUAUGGUGGACACUAAGAUUGCUCAAAUGCUAUGCGACGCCGGAGCGAAAGUGAAUUAUGAUGGAGACAACAGUUUGACGACAUGGAGAGGAAGAACAGCACUGCAUUUCGCUGCAAAAUACAAUAACUUCCGAAUGGUAGCAUUUCUUUUGGAGAAAAAUGCAAACAAGGACUGUCAAGAUUACGAGUGUUGUACUCCGCUGCAUUUGGCUGCGUCGGAAGAUCAUGUGGAACCUGCGAAGGAGCUUCUAAAAGUCGGAGCCAGUGUGAUGUUGAGGAAUGAUAAGUCUCAAACGCCCUACGAUACGGCUCUUGUUAACAACAGCAAGGAUGUUGCGGCACUGCUCGCUUCCGGUGAUAAUCUCCGUGUUCAAAUUUACUCUAACAACGGAGAAAUAUUCGCUUCUUCUUCUUCACCAGGCUUCAAGUGUGCGAAAGUAUUGAUGGCAAGACAUAUGCGGAACUCUCGUGGUCCUCUCGCCUCACCCAGAUCCACACAGUCGACACCAACACGAUGCACUGUUGCCUCUCCAUACAAUAAUUCUGGAACACCUCAUUCUGUCGCAGCGUUUGGUUCGAAUUACUCGUCACCACAGUACCCGAACCCUAUAAUCAAUGUUGUGGAAGCUUCUCUUCCGUCUCCAAACUGUCAUCAGUCAACACGGUAUACUGUAAAUGCCCAUAAACCUUUGUGUGGGAGCGUUGCGCCUUCAGAUGGCGUUGUUGUAUCAUCUCUUUGCGUCGAAGGACAAGCGUUUUCUACCUCAAGAGAGAAGACAGUGAUUUCCUCUCCAGGAUUCUUUGAUUCUGGGUUUGGAACUAUGACAGACCGCAGUUCUUAUGACCGUAGUGGCCCAUGGUCUAGCAGUGAUGGAUUUUCCAGGUCGAAUGAACGGAUCGAAUCGGCCCAUGAAUGGUUAGCUGACAAUGGUGGAUACAUUGUCUAG